AUGUUCUUGGGGUCUGCCGUGCCCAAGCGGACCCCGUCGUUCCUGUCGCCACUGCGAAAUGUUACUCGAGCCUUCAACCACUGCCUCCACUCGUUCUUCUCGAAAAUCGGGUACUCUGUCGGAUCUCAACCGGUGCUCUUCUUCCUGCUUUUCCUCCUCCUCGUCUCAUUCUCCGCCGGCAUCUUUCGGCUGGCCUUCGCCAAGAAGUUACAGUACGGUUUCAUCUCAACACGGGCCCGCUCCAUCGACGAGCAGCGGAUACGCGACGACUUCCACGGGCACACCAGCGACCACGCCCAGCAGUUCCUCGUCUCCAUCCGAAGAUCCGACGGCGGAAGUCUCCUCAGCCGCGAAGACCUCGGCGAGGUGUUACGGUUGGAAAGAUGGCUGGCGUCAAACUUUACGGUGUACCACAACGGGCGCAGUUUUGUACACACGGAUUUAUGCGGGAAUCGAUGCGGAUCGAACGGGUUGCUGCACCAUUUCAAGUCCCUCGUCGACAAGGUUGAUACCCCUGAAAACGUGAUCAUUGACCACCCGAAGAGCUGGCACGGCGAGGUCGGCUUUCUCGUUGCCCACCACCUCUACGGGGUCCACAAGAAGGGAGAAGAAGAGGAGCUAAUCCCCUACAACUCGCCCUUAUUACGAUCCAACAAAACGCUGCUGUCACGGGUGGAGAUGAUCAACCUGUACUUUGAAGCACCUCUCGAAUCCACCGCAGCUCUCCAAAUGGCCACCGAGUGGGAAACGAGCAUGAUGCGAUGGUCGGACGGACAGACGAAUUUCCCAGAUUUUACUGUCAACGUCAUGGGUGAUAAGGUCCUUGGUCAGGAGAUGCAGCGCGGCGGGAUGACCCUCAUCCCGCACAUGCUCAUCGGGUUCGCCAUGACGCUUACCCUGACCGUCAUAAUCAUCCACAAGGCGCUGAACGCCGGGCUUGGAGAUCUGUUCCCGGUUUUCGUCAUUGUCAUAGGCGUCAUCCUUGCCCCCAUCGGCGCCGUCUUGUUCACUUUCGGCCUUGUCGGGUGGAUGCUGAUUGAGAUCUACCCGAUUCUCAUCGUGCUUCCGACGCUCGUCAUUGCUAUUGGAGUCGACGACGCCUUCCUCGUCCUGCACUGCUGGAGUCAAGCCCUCGAAGAGAUCGACAAGGUCAAGUACGAGACGCGCACAGAGGCCAUUUCUGUAUUACUGUCAAAGGUACUCGUCGAGGUCGGCCCCUCGAUGCUACUGACUUCGUUCACUAACUUUUUGGCUUUUGCUGUUGGGUCGUAUUUUGCUCCGCCGGCGAUACAGGUCUUCUCCAUCGUUGCUGCCAUCGCCAUGCUGGUCGACUUUGUCUUUGAGAUCAUUUGCUUCUGCAGUUUGUUGGCGGUUUCGGGACGUUUUUACAAGGCCGGCACCAUGUCCUCCACCACCCCCUCCAAAUUCAUCUCCAAGCUGAUGUUCGACUAUUCAAAGUUCAUCACCCGGCCACUUGUUCAGCUCGUUGUGAUGGGCGCGACGGCCAUGUUCUUUGCGUUCAGUGUUUACGGCGCGUUCACAAUCCAAGUGCAGAUCAACUCGACGCGGAUCAUCCCAUCGGAUUCGCCACUCCAGAUUUCGGACAGUUUGCUGAGGGAGCAUGUGUGGAAGGAAUUCGAAGCCGCCUACGUCUACAUCAACGCUCCGCCCGACAUUGGCGACGAGGCCCAGUACGAGUCGUUCAAGUCGAUGGUCCACGAGUUCGAGGCCUUGCCCCGUUGCCUGGGCGCCAACGCGACCAUGUUGUGGCUCAACGACUACGAGCUGGCGAUGAACAAGAUCUGGUCUUUCUACGCGGCGUUCGGGAUGAACACGCGGCUGGACAACAGCGAUGUGCCCUACUUCUUGAACAACGUCGGCAGCGCGUGGAAUACGUCGGUGAAAUGGCACCGGGAAGAUGGAAACGCCGUGGUCGACUCGUUCGUCUUCUACAUCGGCUUCCACAACGCGAAUUCGUGGAACGAGCGUGCGGAAAACAUGAACAACUGGCGCGCCGUGGCCGACAAAUGGAAGCAGUUCAACGUCACCGUCUAUUCGGAGAACUCAGCUGUCUACGAUGGCAUCUUCAACAUGGGUCCAACGACCUACCAAACGGCCGCCUUCACCCUGGGCAGCAUGGUGCUCGUCUGCAUGCUCUUCGUCCCGUCGUUGAUCGGCGUCUGCGCGGCGGCGUUUGCCAUCUGCAGUAUUAGUUUUGGGGUGUUCGGCUCGCUCUCGUGGCUCGGCUUCGACCUAGACCCCAUCACCAUGGUGGCCAUCGUGAUGUCGAUUGGUUUUUCGGUUGACUACACGGCCCAUAUCUGCUACCACUUCCACAAGGCGCACGGGACGUUACCACCAAAUUCCGACCCCUCCGAGUACGUUCAUUCUGCGAUUAACGCCGUCGGUAUGCCGAUGAUCCAGGCGGCCGCGUCGACGAUGAUCUGCUUUUUGCCCGUGUCGAUACAUCCAGACUACACGCCGCAGGUCUUCGUGACGACAAUCGCCAUCGUGGUCGUCCUCGGCCUGCUGCACGGCUUCCUCAUCCUGCCCUCCUUGCUGUCGUUGAUACCUGGGGCUGUGUUUAGUACGGGUCUCGACACGAAACGGAAUACGGUAGUCGAGGAACGGGCCGACGAGGCGAACGUCAUCAUCCAAGCCCCCACGAAAGCGCUCGACCCCUUGCUGCCGGUCGUC